GAGAUCUUCCUAGGGUUUCCGAUUGGAGCUGCUUUAUAAACUCUCCCUUCCUCUACAUCAGUCGGCCGUCGUCUCCUCCUCGCUCCUUCUCUCUCUCUCUCUUCCAGAGCUCCAAGCCUGCCGCGACAAUGGUAUUUGUCAAGGCUCAGAAGAGCAAGGCUUACUUUAAGAGGUACCAAGUCAAGUACAAGAGAAGGAGAGAUGGGAAGACCGACUACAGGGCUAGAAUUCGCCUGAUUAAUCAAGACAAAAACAAGUACAACACUCCCAAGUAUCGCUUUGUGGUGCGCUCUUCCAAUAAGUUUAUUGUUGCGCAAAUAAUAUCUGCUAGCAUUGCUGGAGAUCUUGUACUGGCUGCAGCAUAUUCCUGUGAGCUGCCUUGCUAUGGGCUUGAAGUUGGUCUGACGAACUAUGCAGCUGCAUAUUGCACUGGACUCCUCUUGGCUCGCCGGGUUUUGAAAAUGCUUGAAAUGGACCAAGAAUAUGAAGGCAAUGUUGAGGCAACUGGAGAGGAUUUCUCCGUUGAGCCUGCUGAGACCAGGAGGCCAUUCCGAGCUCUUCUUGAUGUUGGUCUUGUGAGAACGACAACUGGAAACCGUGUUUUUGGUGCGCUUAAGGGAGCAUUGGAUGGUGGUUUGGAUAUUCCACACAGUGAAAAGAGAUUUGCUGGUUUCUCAAAGGACAGCAAGCAGCUCGAUGCAGAUGUUCACCGCAAGUACAUCUAUGGUGGGCAUGUUGCUGCUUACAUGAGGACAUUGAUGGAAGAUGAACCUGAGAAGUAUCAAUCUCACUUCAGUGAGUACAUCAAGAGAGGACUUGAGGCGGAUGACCUUGAAGGGUUGUACAAGAAAGUUCAUGCUGCUAUUCGUGCUGAUCCUACUAUAAAGAAAACUAAGAAGGAACCACCUAAGGAACAUAAGAGAUUCAAUUUGAGGAAGUUGACAUACGAGGAAAGGAAGGCCAAGUUGAUCGAACGACUUAAUGCCCUGAAUUCAGCUGCUGGAGUGGACGACGAGGAUGAAGACGACGAGUGAAUGUGUUCCAUAAUGGACCUGACGCUUUGAGAGAGACUUAUUUUUGCCCCUAGUCAAUCAGCCUUUUAGGGUUUUGCUCCCUGUUCUCUUUUUGUUUACCGUUACCAUUUGCAGGUUGGGAUGUUUCCGAAACAUAAUACCAUCUCUUAUUUGAGAAGUUAGCUUGGUAUGGACCUUAUUUCUUGUUUCGACUCUAAUGUUAAUGUGCGAUUAGCAGAGUUUGUUGUUGCCAUCA